AUGAACAACAAAACAGUUUUUGACUGUUUCAUGUUGAUGGGUACUGUAUUAUCUAUAAGAGGUUGUGCCGAUUUACCUGAAAUGACCAGACCAUCAGUUCUACAGGGAAAUGAUCUUGUGACGGUAAUCAAUAUAUUCUUGGUUAUAGAAGAAAUCAGUAUUCACGAAGAAGAAUUAAUUAUCGAAAUAGAUGGUAUUCUAUCACAAAUGUGGUUAGAUCCCAGACUUGGUGCCAACGAACGUACCAAGAAAAUGGCAGUUACUGGUAAAAUUUGGGAACCGAAAAUAACCAACAUCAAUGGGGAAAAUGUAAUGGAGAAAAAUGACGACACGAUAUUUUGGCGUGGUUUUGGUGAUGAAGGAAACAUUUUACUUUCCAAAAAAAUCAGAAUAAGAACAUAUUGUUCGAGAGAUUUCCAGAAUUUUCCGUUCGAUAUACAGCACUGUGAUUUCAAAUUUGGAUCUUAUAGAUUUCCUAGUGAUGAAAUUCCAUUACUUUGGGAUGAAGCUCAAGUGAAAAUUCCUGAUAAAAUAAGAACUACAGAAUUCAUGCUAUUGAAUGUUACAAAAGAUAUAGACAUAGAAGUAAGACCAUCAGGUAACUUCAGCAUAGCAACAGUAAAAUUCAUCAUAAAAAGAAACUCUAUCCACUACAUUCUCUGUACUGGAAUUCCCUGCAUUGUAAUGCUCAUACUAGGCUAUAUUUCUCGUUGGAUGGAUAUUGACAGAAGAUGGAAUAUAAAUCUGUUUUCUUUCAGCAUUUCUUUAUACUUGUAUGUCACUUCCUUGUGCACUAUUCAACCAGUACCAUAUUUCAAAGCCCUAGACAUUUUUGUAGGACUGUGUACAUUUUUCUCUUUCAUUUCUCUGCUGGAAACGUUCCUGGUAGAUUGUAUAUCAAAAUUGGGAAAGAAAUAUCUGAAUCCAAGGAGUAAUGCUAAUUAUCAGACACAAGCCAAUAGAAUAUACUGCUUGGAACUAGGUAUGAAGAUUGCUUUUCCAGUAUUCUGUUUACUUUUUGUAUUGUUUUUUGGAUUCAUUUACAUAAUGUAGGGGGUCCUAGAAUGUCAAUAUAUCUAUUUGUAAUUUGGCUAGGUAAUUAUUGUUGGUUUAAUUCUUAUAAAAUAUGUAUAACAAAAUACCUAAUGAAUCACAUACCUCAACCUUAUCCAUAAAAACACAAUGGUAACUUCACAACCCUACUAAAAUACAUCACAAUACAAAUUUUCUUAUGAAGGUGAUAGUUUUCUUGAAGGUUCCCAAAGAACCAGUAGUCCAGCAAUUGAAGAAAUAGUACCAAGUAGCCCUAUAGUAGAUGGAGACAACUUCACAUGUCCAAGUGCAUUCAAUGGAAUGAAAAAAUCACAGCAAUUCUUGAUGGUAUCAAUAACUACCCUUUCAUUGGAUUGUAAACUUGCAGAAGCUCUUGCUAAUAGUCUCAAAACAUCACUGAAGUUCUUUAUUCUAUUAUCCAAUAAUAUAUUGCUCUGCUGGCUCUUCAAUAACAUGGAAAUUUCAUAGAAAUCUCUGACUAAAUUCAUUGUUAUAGAGUACAGCCAGUAUUUGUUAGAAAUUUGUCCCCAUUUAGCAGUAUCAACUGCACAAAUAUCAGCUCGUCCUAACCAUAGUAUAUGAUCUGCUAGCAAAAACAUUGAAUUUGCUAUCUUGCUGAGAAUAACAGUGAAUCUAACAGGUAACUCUUCAUGAGCAAAAAGUGGUAAAGUUGCAUACAAGCUUUCAGCAAAUCUACC